AUGGAGACAGAGACCAUAGGCAAGCUCUGGCAGGGUAUGCUGGACAAGGAAGUCGACGCCGAGAUUGCAGGUCUAGAGGCAGACGGUGAGCACGAGGAUCCGAAUCUCGAGGAGUUUGAGGAGGUCAUGGUGGAAGAAGAGCAGGAAGAAGAAAAAGAGGGAAAUGAAGAGGAGCGAAAGGAAGAGCAGGAAGCGCCAGUCCCAAAGGUCCCAGAGCCUUCAGGACCCCCACAGACUGUGCCGCCUCCAUAUGGAGGCCAAGUGAAAAUACGACCAGGUAAUCCACUACUGCGACCAGCUGUCCCAAAGCUGCGGCCAGCGGUUCGCCCGGUACUUCCACGGCCGCAAAUAAGUGCUCCAAACUUCGCGCAAGCAGGGCGCAACUGGUGA